UGCUAAAUCCCCCUUGGCGGGAUGUCGCGAACAUAGGGGGCAUUUCUUCACAGUUCAGUUGGCCAUUGAACGUCGAAGGAUGAACACGGGUAUUGCAAUGGAUUAACAAAAAAUAGAGAAAAUAGCCAAUGAAUGUUAUAAUUACAACAGAGAAGGAUAAAGGAAUCUGCGACGAGAAUGUCAAGGAAAAGUGCUCGAUUGCAGUCAAGAGUUAGCAUUGAAAGUUCUUCAUCAUCAAUUGCUGUUUCUACUGUGAGUCGAAAAAGAAAGGCAGAAGAGGAUUUAGAAGAUGAAAUGAUUGGAAGUAAAAGGAGUAGGAACUACCGAAUUGAGAACACCUGGAUUCCUAUUUCUCAUGAGAGUUCAAUAACAACAUGUACAUUGGUGCCUACCAGUGAACCUUUGUCUCCUGUUUCUGAUAGAAGUUCAUCACCAGAUUUGACAUUAGGAGCCAAGUUCCGAUUCCGAAAUUACUUUACACCUACCGUCUCUCGACAUUCUCCUCUGCCAAGAUUUAGUUGGGCUGACUCCAGAGAAGUAUGGCAAAACAUGAUGACCAAAGAACAGCACUAUGCAAGAAACCCAAAUGUGUUCGACAAACAUCCUAUGUUACAACCAAGAAUGAGAACAAUUCUUUUAGAUUGGUUAAUAGAGGUGUGUGAAGUAUACAGGUUACAUAGAGAAACAUUCUACCUCGCUACAGAUUUUUUGGAUAGAUUUCUUUGUUCGUCACACAAUGCACAGAAACACCAACUACAGCUAGUUGGUAUAACAUGUUUGUUUAUUGGUGCCAAAUUAGAGGAAAUUUAUCCGCCCAAACUUGCUGAAUUUGCUUAUGUUACUGAUGGUGCUUGUACAGAGGAAGAGAUCAUGGAUCAAGAACUUGUAAUAAUCAAGGCUUUGAACUGGGAUCUGUCUCCUGUCACUGCUAAUGGUUGGUUAAAUGUCUACCUCCAAGUUGCCAAUAUAGAGUAUAUUACAGAUACUGAACAUGGUUUUGUUUUUCCUCAAUACUCAUCACAUGCUUUUGUUCAAAUCGCUCAGUUGAUAGACUUAUGUACAUUAGAUAUUGGUUGUUUAGCGUUUACCUAUAGUGCUAUUGCUGCUGCUGCUUUAUAUCACCUCACUGAUCAAGAUGUAGCAUUAUCUGUCUCAGGGUACAAAUGGCAAGAUAUUUUACCGUGUGUUAACUGGAUGACACCUUUUGCACAAACUACACGGGAGAAAGGUCAUGUGGAGGUCAAGUUUUUCAGUAAUGUUGCCACAGAAGACUGUCAUAACAUACAGACACAUGAAAUAGAUAUUAAUCUUUUGGAAAGAGCUCAAGAAAUACAGGAACAGCUGAUGACGUUACAUAGAUCUUCAAGUCCUGACAUUCAAGCUCAAGUUAUAACACAAUUAACACCACCCAGUAGUAAUAAAAAGGGCAACAAUAUUGUAUCAGAAGACAAAGAAAAUAAAGAACAGACUUCAAUUGACGUAGAAUAUCAACAUCAGACAGUAACGUGAAGUCAAUCUAUUAAUGAAACCUAAUUUCUUCUGUGCCAAGGUCAGUGUUAACCAGGGAAAGAAAUCGACGUUCAAUGGCUGUUCUCUAAAUUAUAGAGUAAUGAUUGAAUGAAAUGGAGUAAAUGGUGUCGCUAAUGAAUGAAUUGAAUGUUUGAGAUAAUAUAUUAUUUAAGUCUUAUAAAAGUAAUAUAUGUGUUGGAAGCGAGAUAAAUUGCAUAUUCAUUUAUGGACAUUAUAAAGUGCAAUACACAGAUGACUUUGUUCUUUUGAAGAACAAUUCCCAUAGCCAAACAGGGCUAAUAGUGCUUUUAUUUUUGUUGUUUGUAUUAAAUGUAUUAUUUAGAAGUAAACAUAGAAUGAAAUGUUUGACAUGUGUAGAUACAUGUUAAAAAUGUGUGUCUUAGAUAUUGAUUUAAAUAAGCAAUUUUAUCUUGGAUAUAUUUAUCCAAUGUGCCACUAUCUAAUGGGAAGUGUCACUGCUAACAUAUUCAAAGUUUUCUUACUCUAAUGGUUAAGUCAAUUAGAACUUUGCCAAAGAUUAAAUCAAAAUGUGUUCAUGAAAUAUACUUUUUGUUUACUCACCAAAUGUGUUCAAAUUUGUUGACAUUUUUACCAUAUUGUGUUCAUUAUGUGUAUGGAUGAUUGCAUUUUGAUUAAUUGAAAGCAGAUUGUAUGUGUAUGUUUCUAUUCCUUAUUUAUGAAUUUUAAUAGAGAUGAUGCUGUUUUUAUUGUUUAAAAUGUAUAUUUUUUUAAAACCACAAAACAAGUAAAAAAAUUAAUAAAAAACUUCAAAAAUAUCUUUAAAAUGUGUUAUGAUCAUGUAUAGGUAACUAUUAAGUUGCUUAGUACAAAAUAUGCCAUACAUUUAAUAUGUGUAAAAGUAUUACACAUUAUAAGUACAUUGUCAAUUGCUUAGUAGUUUAGAACAGACUGGUACAUAUUACAUAUCGUGCCAUCCCGAAAAAUGAAAUAUCAAGUCUUUGAACAACCUCAAUGUUUCAAAAUUGGUCCAUUGGACAAUUCUUAAAAUUAUAGUUCAAACAGAAAAGUUAAACCAAUGUUGAGUUUUGCUUAUGAAAAUAUAAAUAACACUAAAUUUAAUUUGCAGUUUCACUAACAUAUCUUUUACUUUUGGGAUUUUCACUUUUGAGUGGUGUAGGCAUUGUCAUGAGUCUUGUUAUCUGCACAGUAAAAGUAGAAAAGUCCAGAGUAAAAAAGCAUCUGUUUGUAAUGAAACUAGACAUAACUAAAUUGUUCAUAUAAGUCUGCACUGUUACGAUUAGGCAAAUAUUACAGUAUGUGUGUUUAGUGUAACAGCUGUUUCAUUAAAGCAUACUUGGAACCCAGAGAAGGCUCUUGUAAAAUUACUUGUCAUCAACCUAUUGAUGGAAUUGAAAUGUGCCUUCCCUGGUUCUAAUUCAUGGUUUUUAUGGAUCAGCUCAAAACUUACCAACCCUAGUCCACAACCUUCAAAUUUUUGUCUAUACUGUAUUACAAAUUGGAAGUAACCACUAUUAACAUGUUUAACUACACAACAUAACAAUCAUAAAUACCCUAUCAAGUCAUAUGUGCAUUGCCAGAUUACAAAUUGCUAACAUUCUGCUAUUAGAAUAAAAUGAACAUAUUUGCAAAUCACUAUUCCAGCUAGUAUUUCUAAAAAAAAAAACACCACCAUAUCCAAAAAUCAUUGGAAAGAAACAACUAAGCACACAUGCUUUGUUUGUUUUGCCUUUAUGUAGCAGAAUGCAAAAACUUUAGGCUGUCUUCCUUUCAUAAAGAAAAUCAUAAAAGUAGCUUGAUAAGAUGAUAUGUACUGGUUUUGUUUUCAAAUCCUGUAGAUCAUAAGUUAAUAACAUAUAUCAUUAGUUAAUCAUAACUGAAUGUGCAAGCUAUGAAAAAGAAUUCAAUAUAAUGUGUAACAGGAGUUUAAGAAAGGGUUUAAUAAUUCCAUAUAUAUAUAUAUAUUAAGUAUAGAAAAUGCACUAAAAAUGGUGAAAAGCAUAUUAUAUUUUGUAAUUUUUAAAGAUAUUGCACAUCUUCAGUUAAUUAUAGGUUUGGUUUAUUAUAAUCUUUUGUGCAGUGUGGAUUUUACUAAUUUGUUAGAUCGCAAGGUUAUAGGGCAGGUUUGCUGUGUUUUUUUGUGGGAAUAAAUGGGAUCUGUAUGUUUUUUGAGUGGAAAAGCAGUUGUUAGAAUAUUUUAUGAAUAUUUCUGUUAUAUGAUCGUGUAAUGUGUAUUCUGGUUGUAAAAGUUUUGUUAAAUUUGAUGGUUGAAAGACUUGUUAUCUUUGGAUGAAAACUUGAUGAAAUUCGAUUGUUACUGUUAUUCUGCAAUGAAUGGCAUUGCUUGUUAUUUAAAUUCAGGUUAUAAGAUAUUUUUUUACACCAUAAGUGUUCAGUAUAGUAUUUUGAAAUUUGUGACUACCAUCAAUUUGGUUUUAUCUAAUCAAAUCCUAUCCAGGAAAACUAGAUAAGUCCAUUCAUCUCUGCUUAAGAUGAAUAUAAAACCGUGAUUUUUUUUUAAAUUGUAAGAUUAUUCUCUUAUCUGUUUUUCCCUGAAGUUAAUACCCUAUAAGUACAUUUCCUUUUGAGGAAAUAGAAUUAUUCUGUAUCUUGAUUGAUAUACCCUCUAAACUAUACUAUAACUUAUAAAUAAUAGUCAAGAUUUUUUUUAAAGAAAGAUUACAGGGAAAUUGUAUUACGUGUUUAAUAGAAAAAAGAAACUAAGUAUGGAUUGAAGGUGGGUCUCCAAAGUACUUACAUUAUAUUUUUCUAUAUUUUCUUUGCUAUUUCCUAUAGGUUUCUAAUGGAUAAAUGUCUACUAGUCCUCAAAACAUUGAUAUUAAUAAAAUCUAUCUCAAUAUUUAAAUGAAUUGUCUCUAGUCUUGAAUCUUUAGUGAUUGUCUGUUGAAGUAGAAUGGCAAACAUAGAACUAUAUGUAAAAGGUCCAAUGUUUUCUUCAGCUCUUGCAAUAAUUUUGUUCAGUCAAAAUAGUGACAUUUUGUAGCAUCUAAAAAGAUUGUCCAAGAUUUUUUUUUAAAUGAAAGAAAACUUUGAAUUUAUGCUUGUCCUCUGUUUUGAAUUUAAGGUUCUACUUCUAUAAAAUGAACUUUCUUGAUAACAAGUAUAUGUGAUGACAAACUUGUAUGUAAAAUACAAAAAAGAGAUGUUGCAAAGUAGAAAGUUAUACAAUGUCCUAAAUGUAUAAAAGUAUAAUAUGAAUAGGGAGGUGUCCCCAAUGAAUUGUAAUAUACUACUGGCUGUUACAAAUACUGUUAUCUGUUUAUGCAUUCUUCAAUUAACCUUUGUCAAGCACUUUUAAGGUAAAAGCACAAAAUGCUUGUUUAUUCAAUUGAAUAUUUGGACAUCAAGGUUUUCUGUGGAAACGAAAUUUAAUACACCUUCGCUUCAAAGAAGCGAAGUGUAUUUUUAAAUGGAAUUUUGUAAACCUAGUUCCUUAGGCUGAUUUCAAUAUAUUUUUAUAAAGCUACAAAGAGGCUUGAAGUAGAUGAACAGUUUUACAUCUUUUAUUUUCGAGCUAAAGUUGUAGAAUUGAAAUAAAAAGCAGGGGGUGAAAACAAACUUCAAGUUUUCAUAAAAUUUAUUAAAUAGUUCACUUCAUAAAUGAUAAAGCAUUGAGUAUUCUAUGAAUACUGAUUUUUUUCAUAUUUGUAGAUACUGUAUUUUGUAACAGCCUGAAAGAUGUUUGGAAAUAUACACUUUCUUCUUGAUCUAUAUCUCAUUUUUAUUUAUUUUUAAUGAAUUUGUGAACAUUUAUUUUAAUUAAUUUAAAAACUAUUUAAAAGGAGAACAAUUUUGUGUCUUGUACAAAGUGUUUUAAAGUAUUUUAUUUAUUUUUAUUUAUGGAGUUAUUGACUGGGUUUUAACAUAUCAUUUGGAGCUUGAGUGUUGAGAAUAUUUUAUGAUGGUUUAAAUUUCUAUCACAAUUAAAUUUUCGUGUUGAAGUAAAAAAAAAAAAGAAACUAUUUUUUCCCCAUAAUUUGGAAUCUUGUUGAAAUGAUAUUGCAGUUUCUCUCAUAAUCCAUCAAUAAAGAGACUUUUGGAAAAUUUAUGAUAUAACAAUAUAGAAAUAUUUCCUUUUAUCUCAAAAUCAUUUGGAAGAAAUUAAAAAAUCUUUUUCAUGUCAAUAUUGUAACUAGUGGAAUUUUAUUGUGAUAGAAAUUAUAAAACAAAAAAUACAACUCUUUGGGUUAUCCUUAGUAUCAAGUAUUCUUGAUUUUUUUCUUUUUAAACCUGUCAGAUUUUAUUUGAGUUAACAAUUUUCUAUUCAUUUAUUGCUUUAAGCAAACCUAACUUCUUUUUAUAUUUUUGCCUUGAGGAAGGUUCAAAAUCUUUCAUUUUUCAUGUUAUUAAGUUAUUUUUGUACAUCAUUGAAUAUAUAAAAUUACAAAAAGCUAUAUUUAAAAAAUAUUUUUGUACUUGAUGAAAUAUAUUUAAUCAAAUUUAAAUACUAAAUAAAAAUUGUGACAUUUGUGGUAACAAUCGUAUAUCUUUAUGAAAAUUUAAAAUUUAAAAAAAUGAUGAAAUAAAAAUCUAGAAAAAUUGAAAUAACCAAUAUUGAAUUUGAACCAUAUAUUUGUGAAGAAAUGGUAUACAGUUGUCACAUAUUGUAUGACAUACAUCUAUUAAGAUUUAUGUAUGUACAAUAUUUGCUUUAAACAGUUAUAAAGUUCAUACUAAAAUAUAUUAUCCAUGAUAUAAUACAAACAAUAAUAUUUGUAAGUAUGUUAUAUGAAAAACUAUCACAAUUUUUAUCUAAAAAAAAAAAUGUUAUGGGUUUUUUUUUAUUAAGGAAAAAAUGGAUUCUUCAAUACACACAAUACAUUGUAUACAGUCACCAUGUAGCCAGGACUUGAACAUUUGUCAAUUGUUAAAUGUUAAGUUUUAAAAUCUUAAAAAAACUUAUUUUUAGAGUAUUGUAAUAUAUACACAUUACUAAUAAAUGUUGUAAAUCCAGAA